CUCAACUGCCCCCCAAAAGUUACUACUUGCCGACAAGCCUCCCCGGCGCUCACCCAGAACAGCCAAUCUCGGGUGCAUUGGGAGAAUAGAGAAAUCUCAGUCCUCUUCAAGCCAAAUUCUCGCCCUCUUGUUAUUUAAAAUCUUGUUUUACUAAGUCAAUCAAAUUAUCAUCGAUUCAUCAGCCUUCAUCUCUUCUGCUCCCUGGCUACCGUUCAAUUUCGUUCUACAGUCUCUUAGUACUUACUCCCAACCCCAACUCGGGCGACGCCUCAAACAUUCUGUCGCCACGUCGCAUAUCAGAUUACCAUGUUGGAAGCGACUCGGCAAUGGUUCCGCAAGAAUAGGACGCCUCUCGCCAUCGGCGUCGGGGUCGUCGGCGCCGGCUAUGUCGUGACGCAGUAUGUUCUGGGCAAGGUUAACGAUGCGCGGGAGCGCAUGGGCAGCGACCGCAUCGCGAAGGAGAACCUCCGCCGUCGAUUCGAGCAGAACCAGGAAGACUGCACCUUCACCGUCCUCGCCCUCCUCCCCUCAGCGACGACCAACAUCCUAGAGGCCAUGAAUACGGAGAAUAUCACGUAUGAAAUACAGAAGAUGAAGGGACAAACAAAGAGUCUCAAGGCCGGCGAGAACGUCGCCCCCCCGAGCAUUGCUGAUACUACCAUGACCGAGGACGACGGCAGGAGCAUGGUCAGUAGCAGCGUACAGAGCGAGAGUGGUGUGCAUGCGAGUAUAGUGACGGUGCCGAACGCGAUGUCAGCUGCGCCCACGGAAAGAGCCGAGGGUAGUGCGCCGCAGGAUGGUGGCGCUGCGGCUGCGGCGGCGGCACAGAAGAACAAGAAGUCCAAGAGGCAAUUAUGGGCCGAUUUAACCAUAAGCUCCAUUACGAGAGCAUUCACACUGCUGUAUACCCUCGCACUGCUGACAAUGCUCACGAGGGUUCAGCUCAACCUCCUCGGCCGCCGCAGCUACCUGUCGAGCGUGAUAUCACUGGCUACCGGCACCGCGCAGGCGACUAUCAGCCUCGAAAACAACGACGAUGAUGGCCUCAACCAGCCCUACGGCAACGACUUUGAGACAAACCGCCGUUACUUGACCUUCAGCUGGUGGCUCCUCAACGAAGGGUGGAAGGAGCUCGGCCAGCGCGUCGAGGCCGCCGUCCGCCAAGUCUUUGGCCAACUCAGCCCGCGCGAUCUGCUCAGCUUCGAGCAGUUCUCGGAGCUAACGCUCGCGGUGCGCAAGAUUGUUGAGGGCGCCACCCCCGAGGAGCGCAGGGCGGCGAAGUGGCUGCCCUACCUCCUCCCACCACGUGACCGCGAGGACUAUGUCCUGCGUGAGUCGGGCAUCCUCGAGGAGAGCAUUGUGGUCCUGUCUGAAAGUACAACGUCGCAGUCGCCGGCGUCGUCACCCGCCGUGAGGAGGCUCCUCGAUGAGACAUCUGAUCUCAUCGAGUCCCCUUCUUUCACGCACGUGCUCACCCUCAUAUUAGACGCAGGCUUCUCCCUGCUCGUGGACAAGAAGCUCGCAUCGGCAGCAUUCGGCAAGCCCGACCUGGCGCAGUCCGAGCCGCGCACGUCGCAGGUUGUUCUGCUACCCAAGAUCCUCUCAGUGCUCACGCGGCAGGCGCACGUCAUUGGGAACGGCAUGCCCAACGAGUACCUCCAGGAGAUGGAGCAGGUGCGCGACCUCGAGGGGUUCGCAGCCGUGGUGUACUCUAGCAACUGGGAGAACGAGAUCCACGACGAUGAGGGUGGUAUCAUGACCAGCGCCGUGGACGUGAGGGCCAGCCAGGGUACCACGACCGCCAUCAAUAUACCCAGCCAGACACAGGGGACAACGCAGGGAACUGGGGAGGAGAGCGUAGUCAUGGUGAAUCCGGCUACAAGCUUCGAGAGUGCAUGGGACCGGGCCGUUGACACGAAAUAGGGAUAAGCCCAAGCUUUUCAGGAAUACAGCUCCCGCUUCGAAUAUGAUUUUGAUACAUGAGUUGAGCACACGACCAAGUUUUAAUGAGUAUCAUGGAUACGAUGGCGCGAAUGGAUGGACGAAGCUGGGUACGGGAAUUAUGAGGUAUCAUUUGUAUAAUUCUAUGGCAAGAGAUAGAU